AUGGGCGCCAAGGAAGAAAAAGACCCCAAGAUCCUCGAGCUCGUAAGCUCCGUGAAGAACAAGCCUUCUUGCGAGAACUACGAGCGCAUGGUCUCGGGCAUGAUGUACGACCCUCUCGACCCUACCCUCAACCAAGGCCGCCACCGAGCCCGCUGCCUCGCACACGACUUCAACGAGAUCGACCCCCGCCAGAACACCCCCCAGGAGGUGGUCAAGAAGAAGAAGGAGAUUCUGCAGCAACUCCUGGGCAAAUUUGGCGAGCAGUCAUUCAUCGAGGCUCCUUUGUCUGUCGACUACGGCUGCAACAUCAUCUUUGGCUCCAAGUCCUUUGCCAACUUUAACCUGACCAUUCUCGACGUCAGCCUCGUCAGCAUUGGCGACCGUGUUCAAAUCGGUCCCAAUUGCGAGGAAUAUGGUCUGCCGGUGACCAUUGAAGACGAUUGCUGGAUUGGUGGCGGUACAAUCAUCCUGGCUGGCGUGACCAUUGGAUCGGGCACGACUGUUGGUGCCGGCUCAAUCGUGACAAAGAGCCUGCCGCCUCAUUCGGUGGCGGUGGGCAAUCCUGCUAGGGUCAUCAAGAAGGUGCAAACACUGGAGGAGGAGUUGGCGAUUUCGAAACAAAGCAUAAAAGAGUAA